UCAUGGCUGGAGUAAACAAUCUCCGGCGAGCGUCGUUCUUGGUGAACUGACAACGAUUUUGUCGAUCCGAUUAAAAGAGUUCCACAAAUAUCUGUCGCUGAGUUCAUGUGACGUCAAGCUUCGUUAAACACUUAUUUUAAUCGUGGUGAAAAUGAACAUGGAGAAGACGACAAUCUUGUUACACUGAUUCAAUUAUUAUCGACGUAUGAAUAAACUGCUUUAGAUAGCUAAUAAAUGGACUUCGCUGUGGCGAUGGCCGAGUACAGGAGUGCGGCCCACAAAACGAUCUUAAAGAAACAGAAAUCGCUGCCUUUGAGCAAGAACAAAAAUGUUCACUUUGCAGACGUUUGUGGUCUAUCGCUUGUGUCGGUUCACCAAAUAUCUAUGGACGAUUUGACUAUCUUACCUUCGAAUUCCUCCCUGAAGAACGAAGUCACACAAGAACUUGUGCUUACGUUUCCGCAGCCAAGUGCCUUGGAUAAUUUCUUAGAGCGUUUAAACAGACUGAACAUCUCGUUGGAGAAUGUCCUUGUAUCUAAUUGUGCCAUUAUGGGCACUGUUAAAGUCAAAAACCUUGCGUUUGAGAAGCACGUUUUCGUGCGUUGUACUUUUGAUCAAUGGCGUACGUAUGAGGAUCAUAUGGGCAGUUAUGUACCUUUAUCUCACGAUGGAAAUUUCGAUCGUUUCUCUUUCGCUAUUGCUGUACCACUCACAAUGAAAAAGGGCGAUCUCAUGGAAUUCGCCAUAUGUUACAGAACUGUAUCUCCCUUAACAGAAUGGUGGGAUAAUAAUGAUGGAAAGAACUAUGUCAUCGAAUAUCGACAGAAAAUUGUUUCUAAGAGUCCUUCCUACAGUUUGCUUUGGAGCGAACUUAUUCCCAAUUUUAGACGUUAAUUGUAAUGUCUUAUAUUGUUGAAUGGUUGCAGCAUCGGGUCAGGUCUCAUUAGUCAUUAUCUGACCGCGCAGUGGUAGAAUUAUUCAUAGCAAUAGUUGUCAUUCGCUAUAUUAGUAAAGUUCGCAAGUACUGUUUUGUAAUAAAAACAGUUCUAAAGAAAUUAAUUGUCAUUAUUUGUAUACCAUAUUCUCUGACAAUAUAUUACAUGUUAUUUACAGGAAUGUAUAUGUUAAUUAACUAAGCAUGAUAAAUAUGCACAUAUUACAUCUAAUUUAACAUAUUACAAUCCAACCAAUAUAA